AUGAUUCUAAUUGUGCAGCCAAGAUUGAUAUUUCGAAAGAAAGCAGUGGAACUUGGGGUAAAAUUGCUACCUGCAUUUCAUACUCCCUCUGGAAUACCUUGGGCAUUGCUGAAUUUAAAAAGUGGGAUUGGAAGGAACUGGCCCUGGGCCUCAGGAGGCAGCAGUAUUUUGGCAGAAUUUGGAACUCUGCAUUUGGAGUUUCUACACCUGAGCCACUUAUCAGGAAACCCCGUUUUUGCUGAAAAGGUAAUGAAUAUUCGAACAGUACUGAACAACCUGGAAAAACCACAAGGCCUUUAUCCUAACUAUCUGAAUCCCAGUAGUGGACAGUGGGGUCAAUGUAAGUCAAAAGAUUAGCAUUGUUUUAGCUCUUUAUGAUACCCAGCACUGUUCUAGUAACACAGAGA